GACUUGACAACGUCGAACAUUGAAGAAUGUAAACAUUGUAUUUUAUCAGCCGUGAUCUGUUCAAUUCAAUUCUAGUUCUCAUCAACUCUGAUCGAGUAAAUGCAUUCUUCCACAGCCAUAGAAAUGAAUUCCAUGUCUUACCCGAAAGUGAACAUUGACCAACCAUUCCAACAACUAGACUUGAGUGGCAAGCUUAUAAUUAAGGUUCGAUUAGGAGAUGAUGUUCGGCGCAUUCCAAUUCACAAUGAUGAUAUUACUUACGAUGAGUUAGUACUAAUGAUGCAGCGUGUGUUCAGAGGAAAAUUGUCCAGCAAUGAUGACAUUACCAUUAAGUACAAGGAUGAAGAUGGUGAUAUGAUUACAAUAUUUGACAGCUCAGAUUUAUCCUACGCUGUUCAAUAUAGCCGGAUUUUGAAGCUGCAAAUCUUCCUGGACAGUUCUAAAGAUCAAAACAUCUGCCAGAGCCAACAACUAGACACCAUUCAAAGAGAAUUACGGUUCAUCAGAGAUCGUGUAAAUCAGUUACUGGAUACUUUAAGCGUUUCUGCCCCAUCGAAGCCAUCGAAUAGGAAUAACUCAUCUAAUGGACAAAUUAAGUCAAGUACAAACAGCGAGCAGAGUGUACCAGAGGUGAAUUUGGCUAGCAAAGAAUUUGAUCCUCUACAAACAGUCCCCAAUGCUGACAGUUCGACAGUUUUAAACAGGAAUACAAAGGAUUUAAACGAUACAAAACCCAAAUUUUCAGAAGAGGAAAUUAAAACUCAAGAACCAGCUCCAAGUCCGCAGAUUAUAAACAUGAGCAACUACCCUGUCCAAGAUCAACAGCUUCCUGCGCAGAUGCAGCAAGCAGCUCCUCAACCAACUCCUCCACCUGGUAAUGUGGUGCAAAGUGCACAGAUGCAGUACUACACUCAAAAUAUUCAGUCACCUCAGCACACAGGAAAUAUGGGAUACUCCUCAUCACCUUACAUUCAGAGCUGGUAUCAAACAUCCAUGCCGCCUGUCACCUCUGGAGUUUACACAGAUCAAACAACUAUGAAAACUAUGUAUAAUGUGCCGCCACAACCGCAAUGAUGUAUCUGUUCUGAAAAAUUUUAGAUUUUUUUCUAUCUUACCCAUCAUUUCUAAAGUACGUGAUGUUAAUCUUAUAAAUAUUUCUCUCAUUUCUUCCAUCUAACAUAUUGUGAAUAUUCAAGAAAAAGUAUUAAUUUUUUCACUCUAUUUCAAUAACUUUGAAGAAAAAAUUUUACCUUGAAAAGUUAGAAAAUAUUUGGAUAACUUGUAAUGUUACCUACACCUUGUCCUAAGAACUAACACUUUUGAAGCAAUCCAAUUAAUGAUAUGCCAUGUGAUCUAGUUAUCAAUACGAUUUGCAGGUACACCAUUGAUAAUUUAAAACCGUGGCUACUUAUGAUAUAGAAUUUUAUGUCCUUUUUAAAAGUGGGAUGGAAUCAAAAAUUGCCCAUUUUAAUAACUAUGACAUCAAUCGGCAAUCAACAUACUGUAUUCAAGGCUAAUAUCUUGAGCAAACUUUAGUCAGAGGCAUUUUACUUUCAGAGUUUAUUGCAACUUUAGGUGCUGGCAUUAACUUAUGUUCUCUUUUUUCAUGAAAAAGGAGUAAAAAGCUAAAGAAUGGAAAAAGUUUGAAAGAAUUAAGGAGGAAAAAAAUGAGUAGUUGUCAAUAAUAACCAAGGCAAGAACAAAUAAGGGUUGAAAAGUAGACCCAAGCGUACCCAGAUACAUCUGACCCUACAUGUUAUGGCAUGAGGCAGGAAAUUAAGCAGAAGACUCAAUUGAAAGCAGAAAAUUUAUAAGUCAUUUUAAUGACUGCAUAUGAAUGUUCUUCUUGCGUUGUGCCGAGUUGUGUGUGGUGUGCUUUUUCAAUUAAAUUUUACCUAGCACUCUGUGGUUGUAUCAUUUUGCUGUUAAAUAUGUGAGCCCCUCAGAAAUCAGGUGAGCCUCAAGCUUCACUGUAUUUUGAGUGCUCACAAGAAAUAGUGAAAAUGGAAAAUUCAAUCGACAGAAGGUGAAGGAAAUCUGAUAGGAAGGGUAAAUGAAAGAUGCUACUUAUCUUGGACCGAUGCGUUUUACUUCUUUACUUUCUUAAAGCAAAAAAUUAGAGUCUACUCAAUCUUCAGUCUAGGUACUCAAUUUUAUCAAUUAAUACUUAAAAAACAUUCCUGUACUGAGAAAAUUUGAGUUCUCUCUCACUGCUGUUUGUUAAAUCAAUGAUGAAACAGAACAAACAUGAAAGAAUCAAUCCUUUUUUUAUCUUUAAUGUUUAUCAUUAAUUUAGGUGAGCAAUAAAUGUAAAUUUUAGGUUGUAAGAAGCGUGCUGCAGAGAUGUUAGAUAGAACUGACAGAAUCUACCCAAAAUCUGUCAUCAACUACAGCUGAGUGAAUAUCUACUGAUCUACUGAUCGUUGAUUGGUUUUAUAUCUUGACAAAUUUAAAAUUUUUACCUCAACAAUUAUUAGUCGGUUUCAGUGUAUAAUUUAUGGUCUCUCGUGCAAAUAACCCUGCUAUUCAAGAAGUGAUCUAAGUAUCUGUAGCAUGUAAUUAUCUUGUCUAAUUUGCAUUCUGUAUCAAAUGUUUUUCCUCCAAUUUAUAAAUUAAUAAAAAGUUUCCUAUACCAAUUCA